CUUGGCACUAUCCGGAUUCCGUAAGUAUCAGAUCCCACACACACAAUACACAUUGGACCAUGGUACUUGACUACACAAUGGAAGACGAGUUUCCGGAAGUUAUCGAGUUAUGUAUUGGCGGCACCCACAACUACACCGCUUUGCGAAGCACGUUGACACGUGAUGAGAACAGCGUACUGGCGGCCAUGUUUACUGGCGAGCAGCCAGUCUACAAAAACAAAGAAGGCAGGUACUUCCUAAAUGUGGAUGGGCUAACAUUUAAGACGGUACUGGAAUACCUCAAGUUCGGAACAUUUCGAUUGCUAAGCACGAGUAAAUCGUGGGGCGGUGGGCUAUUUGGGGGUGAGUUUUCGAAAAUUGAAAUCAAGACUAUUUAUCUAACGGCAUCAAGCUUGAAACUGGGUCAGUUGAUGGAGUUCCUUGAAAAUUGUUUCCCAGUUUAUGCGGACGUAAAGCUGGAAGAGUACCGAACCUCGACAGUGGGCUACUUUGAAAGUUUGGCGCAAGUUCUGGCUAGCAUCCCUCCUCAAAGUCUGCUGCUACAGAGGCAUUUCAGCGUGAGGCUGGUGAACAACUCAGACGUCAAGAGUACGCCCGCGUGUUGUGAGCACGUUUGUCAGUACAAUGUAAAGUCGUCUGCAUUGUUUGGUGGUACCGUGGUAAGCAGUUACAGUGUUGAUGUGUUGGUCAAGGUUGCAGUCGAAGUGGACUGCACUCUCUUGUCGAUUCUAUGUUAUGACCUGGCGGAGCGAGGGUUCGAUGUUGAGGGCAGAGAGUCUAGCUGCUACUACGUAUGCAGCAAGCGUUCAAACGCAUUCGGUGGAACACACAACACACAAUGCUGCAGACAAGAGCUGUUCAUACUGCACUUCCGUGUGCAUCUGCCAACUGCCAUUGUAGCUCUUCAAGAUGACACCUUUGGGUCCGUACAACACGCAUCAACUGGUGGCUGUUUUGGGCAGGCUCAACCAGCUCAAAACUUUUUCGGUCAGGCUGAACAAACUCAAAGCUCUUUCGGUAAGGCUGAACCAACUCAAAGCUCUUUCGGUCAGGCCAAAUCAACCAAAAGCUUUUUCGGUCAGGCUCAACCAAAUCAAAGCCUUUUUGGUCAGGCUCAACCAAAUCAAAGCCCUUUUGGUCAGGCUCAACCAACUCAAAACCAUUUCGGUCAGGCUCAACCAACUCAAAGCCCCUUCGGCCAGGCUCAACCAACUCAAAGCCCUUUCGUUCAGGCUCAACCAACCCAAACCCCUUUCGGUCAGACCCAACCAAAUCAAAGCCUUUUUGGUCAGGCUCAACCAACUCAACGUACACAGGUAGGAAAAGGCUUCACAUUUGGUUUGUGACCACAAACAGAAACUGAGGGACGUUUCGGUCAUCCUCAACCAAUUGAAAGUACAACCGGUCAAAAAGUUGGGAGUUUAUCUUCUCUCGGAUUCGGUCAACCAAGUUCCGAAGCUGGAUUUGGAAUGCCUAAAACCACAUCAGCAGGCUUUGUAAUCGGUCAAAAGAGCGAAUUUGCUUUAAGUCAACACGUAGCAGAUUCAAAAGAGUGUGGUCAUUCAGCUCCAGUAGAUGGUAUGACGCAACAGGCAUGAGAACAAAGAAAUCGAGCUUUUCGGCACAUCACAAUCGGGACCUAUCGGCACACAAAAUCCGUCCCUUUUUUAAAGUACCGGAUUUGGGAAUACCUCAUUUGGCGGUCCACCCAAGCCUGCAUUUGUUAUUACUGAUACUAAACCGGAACCACAAAAGCAAACAUUACCAUCUGGUUCAUUGUCAUUCGGCACGUCUUCUCCUCAAAUGGUAUACACGUUUGGGAAAGCCCAAAUCAUCUAAUGCAUUUGGUGGUAAGGCUAAGUUUAACAGCCCUUUCGGAGCCCAAAAGGGUCAGGUUUAGUCUCAUUAAGUCGAAGGUCAAGAAAAAUGACUAAGACCUGUAAGUCAGUCUGACAGCUAAAAUGUAUAUUGAGUGUAUUGCCUGUAUCAUCAAAUCAACGCAGAUAAAUACGAUAUCACAUUUUUUCCAUGCGCUUGUUCACAUUUUGGCAGAGUGACAAUUCUCCCACCCACCCCCCCCCCCAAAAAAAAAAAACGGAAAAAAAAGUUUAAAAUGUCGGUUUGUUAAUGGAUGAUAUUCAAUUGAAAUCGGCAAAAAAUUGCCAAGCAUUUAUUACACUUUUCAUUGAUAAUUAAGCAUUAUAAAAACAUGACCAUAUAUAGCGUUUAAACUAUCCCAGAAAAAAAAAUUAGUUAAAUGUAUUAAUUUUUUUCUUUUUCCUUCGUAUUAUUAUUAUUUAAAACUAUUGCAAUUAGUACAGUUUUGUUUGUUUGUAAGUUCAUUAAAUGACAUUUGUCUUAAUACGAAAAUAUGUGAAUAAGUCACUUAAAAACUGCAUACUUAUUUGUAUAACCUAUACAUGCUUAAAAACUUGUCCUCAUUUGCGUUUUGUAUCCAAAUUAAUGUGUGAUAGCUGACACGUGUUGCUGGAGAGUAAGGGUUAGGGGAAUGGUAUAAGUAUGAUAUAUAAUUUCUUGCUUAUUAUUGAUUUUUCCUGCUUUAGGAUGAAGAGAUUUUCAUGACAAUAAGACUAUGAGAAUGUUUGAUACUGUUAAGUUGAAACUACCAUUACUAUAUAAAUUUUAUCAUAUAGUAUUGAGUUCAUUUAUUAUAGAAAAUUGAAUGUUAUAAGGUGAAUUUUAGCGAAUGUACUGGAAUCAAUUUACAUGUUUAAUAAACGGGACAACACAUGUAUGUUUAUAGUUGCUUCAUUGAGUGUAAAUUGUUUAUAACUGCUUGCACAAAUAUUAUAAUUAGUAGUCAUUGUGUUAGUUCUUUUUCAAUUUUUCUUCUUGAUUGUAUUUUUAUUGAUAUGGCUAUUGUAUUAUUAUUAUUAUUUGUAUCAAUAUUAUGUUUGUUAAAAUUCAUUUACGGUGAAAGUGAAUAAUUAUCUAUUUGUUCCUUUUAUUCAAAAAUCUACUCCGAGUGUUUUAUUCAUAUAAACCUUAAAAUGAUAAAGAGCCUUCUCUUACAUAUUACAUUCUCACAAAAAUCA